AUGACGAUGGCAACGUCCGCGCCAGCGCAGGACGCCGGCCCGCGGUGGCCGGGCCAACCAGCAGCAGCCCAUAUCCCAGCAGCGCAGAGGCCUCAUAGCGCGAAACAGCGGCCGGCGGACUUCCGAAGGAACAGGCAGAACUCGCUGCAGCGCGCAAAGAACAGCACCGAGCAGCUGCGCGCCCGCACCCGUGGCGGCAGCAACAGCAGCACUGUGAGGACCGACGACGGCGCCCAGAGCCGCUCUGGCGGCGGCCGCUUCGCUGUGGGAAACGUCGGCAGCAACGGCCUCAUCUACCUACGGCCCGUCGCUCGCACAGGCACGCCGCGGACACGCCCACCGCCCGCGCCCUUCGUCUUCCCGCCCAUCACUCCUCCCGACAGCCUUGCGCCCGAUGCCCGCGUUCCUCGACGACCCAGCAAUGGCUGGCACGACAGCGCUCCCUCUGGAUCGCGCACUCCCACUCCAGCACGCACGCCCGCUCGCAGUCCCACCCCGGCGGUGAAGGCCAACGGCGUCACCAAGUCCACGUCGAAGGCCCGCCGCCCCUCGCACCACGCUCGCUCGCAUUCCUUCUCCACCAUCAAUGACCACGCUCGCUCGCAGAGCAUCGACUCGAACACGUUCAAGGUCGUCAUUGACCGCCCCAAGACGUCGCGACCGCGGACCGCAGACACGUCGUCGUUCCCGGUUUUGGACGUUCCAAUUCCCCACUACCGCCUAGGCAAUCCCCGAUUCAGCACCCAAGGCACCGCCAUCCUGCGCAGCUCCGCCUACACUCGCACCUCCGCCACCGACGACUUUCGCUCUUCGCUCUUCUCCAACAAGCUCACCCCGACCCUCGGCACCCUGUUCCCCGCUCCAGGCCCGAUGCUGAACCGGAACUCGCAGCGGUACUCCGACAUCUCGUCGAGAACACGCUUCUACGACCGACCCAUCACGUACAUCGAGCCCUCGACCCAGGGCUCCUCGAGUCCCUUGACGCCCAUCGUUCCGACGGUACCCAUUUCUCCCAAGAUUUACGAUUCCUUCACGAAGAAUGCCGAUGAGCCCGCCGUCGUUCGAUAUGCUAUAACCGGCGAAAUAACCGCAGCGACCCCGGCUCGACUGAUAGCUCAUAUCACAUCCCCCAGCUUCCUGGACUAUGAACUUCUGUCUGAUUUCUUUCUAACCUUCCGAUCUUACCUGACCACCGGCGAUCUGGUAGCCUACUUGAUAGCUCGCCUUCGAUGGGCUGUAGAGCGCUCCGAUGAUUUUGGACGAAUAGUCCGAGUACGCACCUUCGUUGCCCUCCGUCACUGGAUUCUCAAUUAUUUUACCGAGGACUUCCUACCUUUCUUGAAUCUCCGGGAACACUUCUGCAAGCUUGUCAACGACCUGUACCAUGACCUGCAGAUGCGCGAGGAUGGAGGAGGUGGAGACUUGAAAAUCAUCGGGGAACUGAAAAAGUGCUGGAGGAGGACCUGUGCGCUCUUCUGGGACGAUAUAGAGGCAAUCGGCAGGGAUACACCGGAUGAGGAUAUCCGUCCAGGCGGCCAGGCUGAACCGGAACCACCCGUGGAACCAGCGAGGCUGUCCGACCUUGCACCAGCAGCACCGGCCCCGGUCGAGACCCAUUCCCCAGAACCAACGACUCCGCCAAGGAAGGUAAACCGAUACGCUCAGCCUCCCCAUGUGCACUCAAUCUCUCCGCCCGGAAGGCCUUCGGAACGGACAAAGAGUUCUCGUCACGUCCCUCAGAGCUCAAUGACAGCAUCACCGGGGGGGAUUCAUGACAACAGUACCAUACCACUCUCCCCCGCUAGCGAGUUUAGCAUGCAUGUCAUGUCUUGCUCGAUUCCACUGAAGUCUCUUUAUCGCAACGAGAAUGCGACAGAAAUGCCUCUGUACCCUCACCCUGUACCUGUAGGCUCAGCCACCACCCCUUCCCUUCCGACCUCACAACGUCGACGGCCCAUGCUUCAUUGCCACAAGCGCAGUGGAAGUUUCUCGGAUGCUCUAAGGGAUCAUCGAGCGCAUUCGUCCAUGUCGAGAGGACGUCCAGAAUCGCAAGAUUCAGCUACGAAACAGCUCACCCUUGAGCAGUUCCCUGGGAGCAUCAUCAGGGGUGCAUUGUUCCAGCCAGACUCCCCAUACAUCAAUUUGCGAUCGACAGGUGAAAUACGACCGAUGAAGUCACACUUUGAUCUUGUUCUCAACAUAUCCGGCACACCUCCCGCGACAUCGAAAUCGAACGUGGCGAAUCCGGGAAUGAAAAAAAUACUCGGCAGCGUGCGGCGAGCGCUGAGUAGCAGGCAAGGUGGUGGAUCGCAAGGCCAAAAUCCGAGCGAGGCAUCAAAUCAGACCACGCAAAGAGACUCGCUGAGUACGACAACAUUUACGCAAACAACCCACGGAGGCGUUCAGAAGAGGCGACAGAUUCGGGCCAGACAGCAGACUCGUGUGGAUCUACUUUCCCAGCGUGUUGCUGAGAGCUUCAACAAAGCCCUUGAGCUCGAGCUAGAGAAGGAAAGAAAAAACCGGGAAAGUGGAGUGUCCCCUCUUCAUCGAAGCCCGGUGCGUCCCGUGAGCGCGUCCACCAGAGCGGAUAUGCAUCCUGUGAGCGAUGGCUCACGAGAGGCUCGUCCUGGCGUCGAGCGAGGUCUCAGCAAGGUUACCAUGCGCAGCGGCUCAAUCCUCAUAUUUGACGAUACCGGGGCUCCUCCUCCUCCUCUUCCUCUGGUCAUGUCUGGCGCCCUCCCUGCCGACGGUAGUGCAGUGUCUGAGCGAUCUGUGGCGGCAGCUACCGACACUUCACGUCUUGAUGAUGCCGUCAGUCAGAGCGGCAACAAGCUCGGAAAGGACAGUUUGGAGGCUGAUUCCCGGCGCGGUGAGCCGGUCGUCUCUCUUCCCCCGGUCACUAUGCAUCCCGACGUCAUAAUUCAGUCAGCGACCCCAACUGCGAAUGCAGUCUCAUUCUAUCACGAUGAAGACGAGUCUUAUGAGACGGAAGCGGUACCCAGUCUGCGCCCGUCCUUACUCAGACACUCGAGGUCGAUGUAUACAGGCCACACACUUUCGGGAUCACAUUCUUUACGGAAAUUUGCAUCGUUUCAAAGUGGAAUGACCAGACACAGGCCCGGGUACAGCAUCGACUCCGACGCCAUGACCAGAUCGUCUGAUAAUGAUCCAUUUCAUUUGGAUCUUGCACCAGCCCCUGCCCCCGCACGCAUGCUUCGUAGACGCCCUGGUGGAGAUCUCCGUGGAGCUGCGAACUUGAACGAGCUGGGCCCCAACGAUCGUCCUCGAUCAACUGGUUCAGUUUCCAAUUUCGCCCACUCGGUGACGAACUCUGUGGCAUAUCCUCCUCUUACAGCUGGCUGGAAUGAACUUUGGAGCAAUGCACCGGAUCCUAAUGAAAGCGCUGAAGAAUAUGAGCGGCGGCCUACCAGCAGGAAGUCUUUGUCACUCAUUGGUACAGAUUCUACACAGCCAGUGCUUAGGGCCUCUUUUGAGAGAGAAGUCGCACGCCUGGCUGCAUUGCCUGAUGACGAUGACGAUGACGGAGGCAUUGAGGCUGCCUUGCUAAAGCUUGAGGGCCGGUAUGAAAAGAAGAGCCCAGAUCCAUCGCCGCAGGCUGCGGAGUUUUAUAUUCCCCAAGGAGCUCCGGGUCGGUCCAUGAAACGAGAGGACUCCCACGGGGGACAAGAGGAUGCCUCGAGAGGUGUGGGACGCAAGACUCAGUCUACUGGAUUACAUCGGGAGCAAACGGUAUCUGGCGCGUUCGUGGUGUCGCCGUCGUCUGAGCAGCACACAUCUCCGACAUUCAUGCCAGACAGUUCCGUCCCGCAGUCCGAGUACUCGUAUUCCGGUGUCCCCCUCCUCGAUCGUGGACACAGUGACGUUGCUGCCGCUACGCGCCGAAAAAUCAACGAACAGUCCAUGGAUUCUGCUCGCCCUGCCGCCUUAUCGCCACAGGCGUGGCGCGCUGCCCAACUGGAUCAACAAAAUCCCUCGGCUGGCUCUUCAAUAGAGCAUAUCGAGGAGACAGAAAGCAUGCGCAGGAUUCCACGUGGUUCAACGUUCCCCAGAUCGCCGAAGUCCUCCAAGUCUCCAAACUCGGUGAAAACGCAUCAGUCUUUCCUUCUGGACCCUGAAGAGGAAUUUGAUGACAUCUCGUCGGACAUCUCGACCAGCGUUCCAAACGACUCUAGGCGCGAGAGCCAUGGAGUGAGGAGUUUCUUUGACGAUCAGCCUGCGGACCUUGAGUUUGGAGAUGAACUAGUCCCUCGUCCACUGCGCCAUCCUCCUACGCCACCAACAAGUGACAACGUGCUGGAUAGGACGAUUCCGAACAACAUGGACUCGACGGUUUUCCACAAGGGCCUCCCAACCCCGGGUCUGACGCCUCCUCUGCAUGGCCUUCAGACAGUUCCGCUUUCUCAAAACGGUUUCCAUCAAGUGCAAGACUUCCAGGCGAACCACCACAGCAAGAAAUCAGAUUCGCAGAUUGAUCCGAGCAAGCUAGAGUUGAACGAUCGGCCUAGAAAGCAGUCAAUUCCGGAGCGGGAGCGACACAUCCCCUUCGUUCUGGCUUAUGACUCUGAGACUCUUGCUGAGCAGUUGACCAUUGUCGAGAAGGAUGCGCUCGAUGAGAUCGAUUGGAAGGAGUUGAUCGAGCUGCGCUGGAAGCAAUCUUCGCCUCAGAUCCGUGACUGGGUGGAGUAUUUGCGCACGCAAGAACCUCGCGGUGUUGACGUCGUCAUUGCUCGCUUCAACAUCAUGGUCAAAUGGGCGGUGUCCGAGAUCGUACUCACGGAAGAUCUGGAAGAGCGUGUACGAUGCAUUAUCAAAUACGUCCACAUUGCCGACCACGCUCGUCGUCUGCGCAACUACGCCACGAUGUACCAGCUCACAGUCGCACUUCUAUCGGCUGACUGCGCACGUCUGACCAAAACCUGGGAACUUGUUCCGGCCGCAGAGCGUUCCACUCUUCGCGAGUUGGAGGGCUUGGUGCAGCCGGUGAAGAACUUUCACAACCUCCGCCUUGAGAUGGAAACGAUCAACCUCGAUGAUGGAUGCAUUCCGUUCAUUGGAAUCUACACGCGCGACUUGAUCUAUAACGCACAGAAGCCGGCGACUGUGGCCGCCGGAGAGAACGACAGCCGUGAGCCGCUUAUCAACUUUGAGCGUCACCAGACUUCGGCUACGAUUGUGAAGAACCUGUUACGACUGCUGGAGGCGAGCACCCAUUACGAUCUCAAGCCUCAUUCGGACAUUAUCCCCAAGUGCGUCUGGAUGGCCGCUCUGACGGAUGAGGAGAUUUCGACGCGGAGUCGCAUGUUGGAGUGA